UGUGUCCAUUUCCCUUUUCCCGCCUGGGUGGAAGUUUCCUUCCAUCUAAGGCUCUGGCUGGCCCAGGCCUAUCCAGCACUCCAGCCAACAGCGCUCUCGCUCCGUAGCCCCGCACUCCUCCCGGCCCUUUCCGGGUCUUUCCUCCCCGACUCUCUCGGUGUUGCCCCGGGGCCCCUCUCCCUCGGCUCCUGUGUUCCCCCGGGGACUCGCCCGCCUCCCCGGGCAGUCACAAGCUCUGCGGGUCUGUGGGUGUCUGUUAGGUGCUUCGUGCCUGGGCGAAACCCAGACCCGGACCCCUCGGGGCCCUCCUCCCAACUCUCUCGGGCGCUUCCACGACCCUCCCCGGGCUCCCCACGCCAGCCCAGCUGCCCCUCAGGGCUCCACUCCCCAAACCUCCCCGCCGCCGCUGCCAGUCCUUCCUAUCCUAUCCGGCGGGGGGGUCGGCGGUGACUCACCGAAGGGCCAGCGGCUGGAGGCUCGGAAUGCGCUCACUUCCUCCCUGCGCGCACCUGCCCGGAGCUGCUGGAGCGCCGCCCAGCCGAGCCUCCGGCGGAUGUUUUUCUGUCCCCGCGUGGGCAGCGCUCGCCAGCCGCCCCCUCCCGGCCCGAGAGGCAGCCGCCGCGCCCCCCAGCAACUGGCAUCGCGGAGUUGAGCCCUGACCACAGAACCCCCAGCCCCCAACACACGCGGCAACCACAAGCGUGGCCUCUGGCCCCGAGAAGCUAGGCAGAUGCACACGCGAGCGCGCAUACCAGCAGGCGUGCAAGAAGCGGGUUCAAACACCUUCCCGCCGCCCUCUCCCCCACCCAACUUCUGGGAAAGGGCUCCUGGCUCCGCCUCAGCCCUUCUUUCCAGAAGCCCCCUACUCCUGCCCCUAUAUGCCUACCUCAUCUUCAUUACAGGCGGCUAACUCUCACCUCUCCUGUCCCAUGACCUCACACACACCAAUCCCCAUCGGGCCCCCCCUGCCUACAGCAUGACCACCACCACAACCUUCAAGCUCCCUAGCUCCCCCCUCGUAUCCGCCCCCUAUUGGUUUGGCUCCAGGAUGCAGGAGCAGAAGGUAGUCUAUGGUCCAAACAUCAAGGGUGUCAGCCGGUGCCCCACAAAGGCACCAGCAGAGCUAUACACCACUGACAAGACUUCUGGGCCCUUCUAUUAGUCAGGCCUUCUAAUCCACCUGCUCCAGCCCAGAGCAGUCCAAGGCCAUGCCUCCCACACGCCAGCCUACAUCAGGGCACCUUGCUCCUCUGUGGGUUUUCUUUUUUUCUCUUGGUGUUCCUCUGAAAUGGAAAGGAUAUCAGAUCUGACUAGGGUGAAGGUGCACUGCAGUCCGCAUCUCCAGCCACUUAAGCUGUCUUCUUGGAAGAAAACAGAUAGGGAGUUUGGGGUGGACUGGCGAAGCUGUUUCUGAAUGGUGAGGAGGUGAGAGGAAGGGUAGCCCUCUAGAAAAGUCAGCCAGAAGUAGUUGGAUCUGAACCACUGGGUGGCAGGGAGUGGGAGUCUUGGGGGUAAAUGGAACUAGAGACUUACAAGGAAAAAUAGAAUAAAUGCCAAAGUGAUCGGCCCUGUGGGUAGGAGGAGAAUAGCUGGAACAGAGGUCUUUGAAGUGUGAAAAAGUGAAAGAAAUCCAGCUUGAUUGGGGCAAUUAGUACCAAUGAGGUGGCCAGCAUUCGACUGGUCAGAAAGGAGAACUUGAGAGUUCACUUGAGUGGGGAUGGGAAGAAGUGAAUCAGAAUCCUUACCAGAAAAAGCAGGAGUCCUAAAGUUAGCUGGAAGGAUGGAAAAAGGAUACCUCUUCCCAGGGUAGAAGUGAGGGUACUGACCUAGGAAAAGUAGGCUUUAUUAGCAACACUGUUUCUCAAAGCAGACAUUUAGAAUUUCAAGGAUACACGGACCAAAAGCAAAAUGUUGCUGGAGGCAGGUUUUGAAGGUGUUGGGGAUGACAAGAAGCGUUUAGUGUGAAAGGGGCAGAAGUCUGUGCCAGGAGACAGCAGCCCCAGCAGAAGCCUUCAGCUGUGCACACAGAGCUGCUCACCAUCAUUCAAAGAAAGGAACAUCUAGCACCAGCCACAGUAGUCACUCUUUUUGGAGGGCUAUGUGCCAGGGACAGUACUAGGAGCACUACACGCAUUAUCUCAUUUCAUCCUCUUGACAACCCUAUGAGUUAAUAUUGCUAUCCCAGUUUAUAGAUAAGGAAACAGGUUUAGAGAGGUGAACUAACUUGCCCUAUGUCACACAGCUCUUAAGUAGAACCAGGAUCUAAAUCCAGAGUCUGACUCUUUAACCUAUACUCUUAAUCAUCCAUCUUUAGGUUCUCCAGAACUUGCAGGAAACCCAAAAAAGGAUGUCAGAGGAUAAGUUCCUAAAUUCUCAUUCCAUAAUGUACAGGAGAUAAGAGGGGUAUCUCUGUGAAACUGGAGUGACCCAUACCAUUAGGGCAUUUAGAGAUGUUCUUUGAAAGAACCGUCCCCAGACAUGGGGAGAACCUUUAUUUGCAGUAUGUUUGGGGGUGAUGAACAAUGGAUAAUCUCUGGGAUGCCUGUAAAAAUGAGACACCUGCCCCCCAGCCCUAAUCUCUGAGGGGCAGCCAUAUCUCUAGGAUACUGCAAGGAGACCCUGCCCUAGGGUCUGAGAGAAACAUUCUCCACUCCAGGUGCCUGUUCACUCUCCUGGAGCCUCUGGCUGUCGCACCCUACUGCAUCUCCUCGGUUUGGCUGGGGCACAGGAUUAGCCAUCCCCAGGAAAUGCCUCCCUCCGGUCCAGGCAGGGAUCCCAGCGUACACACCCCUGGAGAGAGAGAGAGAGACAGAGAGACAGAGACAGAGAGAGAGACAGAAACAGAGAAUAUGUGUGUGUGUGUGUGUGUGUGUGUGUGUGUGUGUGUGUGUGUGUGUUUUACAGGGCGGGGGAAGAUGGUGGAAUGCUUCCUCUCCAGGCCAGGGAAGAGUUCUGGGGACCACCUGGGGGCCCCCACCCCUCCCACCUCCUUGUUGGGGAAAUGCCCAGUCCAGUGCCCCUUCCAUGGCCACCUCCCUCCCCCUAGCUGUGUGGGGCAUGAAUCAGCUCUCACAGCUUGUUAAAGCUAGACCUCUUGUUUUCAUGCCCUCACCUCAGGAAACAGAGUUACAGCUUUUCCAGCUCUACUCAGCAGGGGGCCAGGGUCCUCACUUUAUAAACAUCCCCAAGCCUGUGAGAGGGCACGGAGAUGGUACGAAACAGGAGCCCAGGGGAGAAAGGCAGAAACUAAGACUCGAGGGGAGAAACAAAGAAGAGCCAAGGAGACAAGACCAGAGUAGCCUGAACAGAAGCCAGGAACGGUCCAAAAGGGCCGUACUGCAGGAAUGGCCUUAUGGAUGCUCUGGGCUGGACAGGUUAAGGGGACCCUGGGUGGCUGGGGGAUCACCUGCUUGGUGAUAUCUCUGCUCCUCCAGCUCCCAGGAGUCCACAGCAAGUGCUACUUCCAAGCUCAAGCGCCCUGCCACCAUGAAGGGAAACAUUUCACCCUGGGCGAGUCUUGGCUCCGCAAGGACUGUUUCCACUGCACCUGUCUGCAUCCCGUCGGUGUGGGCUGCUGUGACACGUCCCAGCAUCCUAUCGACUUCCCCGCUGGGUGUGAGGUACGUCAGGAGGCAGGAACGUGCAAGUUCUCCCUGGUGCAAAAAUCAGACCCUCGGCUGCCCUGCAAAGGGGGAGGGCCCGACCCAGAGUGGGGCUCAGCUAACACCCCUAUUCCUGCGGCUCCUGCUCCCCACUCCAGCUAA